AUGAGAGAGCGAGGCGGGCAGGGGUCCCCGAGGGCCACGGGGAGGGGUCUACGCGGGUGGCGGUCCCGAGUGCCAUGGCAGGUGCCAGCACGGGGGCCCCGCAGCCCGUGGGGCGCCGGUAUCUCAGCUGCUCUCGCACCUGUGCGGACAACGGGGGCCCAGGCUGCCCCGCGAGCAGAGGGGCCCGCCCGUGCCCAGCACCGCCUGCGGGAGGGUCCGGGUCUGACCUCUGCCGGCCUCGCCCCACGGCUACAGCGAGGAGCGCCGCCGCCACCUCCCCCUGCCCCUGCCCGCUGUCCCCGGUACCUGCCGCCCCCUCUCCCGUCCCCUUCCGGCCUCCUCUGCGGCCAGCCCUGCAGCGCCGCAACGCACCCGGCCAUUGGGCCGCUCCCUCCAGCCAACAAGCGCCGCGCUCAUUGGCUAUUUCCGCCUCUCCCUCCACUCGUCCUCCCGCUCAGGCCCGCGAGGCACCGGGGCUGGGAACCCGGGACUCGCCUCCGAGAACGGCGGCUGCAGCUCCGGCGAAACGGGGCGGGGCCUCAGCGCCGGCUCGGAGCGACCGGCAGCGGGGCAGGAAAAGCUCCCGGAACCUAUGCGCCCGGUAGCGUUCCCUGUCGGAGCCAGUCCCAGAGGGCGACUUCCGCUCCCGGGGCCGGUGCGCCCGGACUGAGCAGGGUGACGGAGCGGCCAGACAUGGGGCAUGGACAUGAGCAUGGUCAUGGGAAAAUGGAACUCCCUGACUAUAAACAAUGGAAGAUAGAGGGUACUCCACUACAGGAUGUCCAAGAAAGACUGGCUAAGCGGGGUCUCAGAGACCCAUGGCUUCGCAAUGAAGCAUGGAGAUAUAUGGGUGGCUUUGCAAAACCGGUCACUGUUAUGGACGUUCUCACCAAAGGUUUCAAGUGGGGAUUCGUAGCCUUUGUGGUAGCUCUUGGGAUUGAGUACACACUGUUCCCUCCGAAGAAAAAUGGAGGACAUCACUGAAGAUGGAGUAGCAGAACUUGUCAAAGUUAUUUACACGGUUCUAAAUUAAAACGUUAUACAAUAGCUUACUGCUUUUGUUGCAUGUGUAAAGAUGCCUAUUAAAAUUUCUCAUGGGCAAGA